UCAGAACGCCCACUCAGUGAUACUCUUGAUCCUUUCCGAGACAAAUUGCGCGACCUCAACGAGGCCGACGACCCGCGACAAGAAGAUAUUGCGAGUCUUCUCUCCGCUUUAGUCGCCUCGCCAGCUGCGUUCAGCCUUUCUUCGCCAGACGAAAGCGGUAGCGUUGCAGUCAAGCUGCUAUCUAUCCUACAAUAUGUUCGAGGAGGCGAAAUAAAGACUCAGCAAUUCCACCCUCUCGUCCGCCAUGUCGUUGACGAUUCCUCCGACAUCGACGUCUGGGAAGCUGUCUUCACCGUCAUCGAAUCCCUUAGCGCCCUCACUCCUCCCCCGUCCAGCAUCGCCCCGACUUUCAAAGGAACACCAAUCAAGACUAGCUCGAGCCGACUGGCCGACAGCGAAACGCGCGACAUCGUCGAAGGGGAGCUGUUCUAUGAGAUAAAAGAUUGCACCUUUCGCGAUGUGAAGGGAUUCUGCGACAAGUUCUUUUACUCCAAGCGCUGGCGCAAAGAGCAGAAAGCGAUGCUGAAGGAGAUGAUGACAGCACACGACGGAAAGAAAUGGACAGAUUUCCCGACCCCUUCGGACGAAAAGCCGGUCUGGGACUGGUUCUGUUCACUAGAGGAGCGUUUCUUAGCCGAUUCAACGUAC